AUGCCUCUCGAAAAUCUACCGCGACUUCCCCGCAUACCCCUUAGCAAGCGAAAUCGGGCUGUCGUGCGGGCUCUUAACCCAAUGCUGGUGACCUAUUUGGAAGCCAGCCGGGACCUUUGCGAGACGGAUUCAAUUCUUUUUGGCGCCGCACUGGCAGUAUGCCGCAUUAUUGGCGCCAAACUUCCCGUGGCUGGACGUGCUACUCAAAAAAGUAGCGCCAUCCCAGCCUGGAGAAAAAGAAUUGAGGACCGUAUCGCAAAGGCAAGAGCCCUUAUCGGCAGACUGACAAGCUUCAGGUCGGGUAAUAAUAGACCGAGGAUUAUGCGCACCGUUAGGAUGGCGUUUGCUGGGACAAAUAUCAGUUUGUUCCAGCCGGAUAUCACGCAAAAACUAACGGAGCGCAUAGAUGACCUGAAGCAAAAAAUCGCUGCUUGGGGGAAGCGGAUUCGACGAUUUAGCGAGAGGUCAAGGCGGUUCAACCAAAAUCGUCUCUACCAGAGUGAUCAGAAGAGGCUCUAUAAAUCAUUGGAGCGACCAGAGGUAUGUGGAGCGGGCCCAGGACCGGAUCAGGCUGACACUGUCGCAUUUUGGCGUGGCCUGUGGUCAGAGCCCGUAAACCACAGCGAGGGCCCUUGGAUGGAAGUUGUGGCGAGCCAGAGUGCAAGUGUUACGCCUAUGGACCCCGUCACCAUAACGCCUGAAGACGUGGCUGAGGCGGUCCGCAGGGCCCCGAACUGGAAAAGUCCGGGGCUCGACGGGCUGCAUCAUUACUGGCUGAAGGGGUUCGUAGUGUGUCACGCUGUGCUCGCCCGACAGUUUCAAGAGGAUCUCGAUCAGAAGUCGCUCUCGAGCCUCUUCACUACUGGGAUCACUCAUUUGGUUCCUAAAGAUCAGGAUACCACAGACCCGAGCAAAUACCGCCCCAUCACGUCUGCUGCUACUUAUGCAGUACAUGAUAAUAUAAGCUCGACGCCUUGCACAUCAAAGCAAGCAGAUCAAUCAUUUCCCGACACAUCGAAAAAAGGCGACCUAAAUGUUCUAUCCACAGAACAAACCAAAGAAACCUCAAAGAAAGUGUCCACUUUACAAGAAUUUAUUAAGUUGCCAGAGAAAGCAGCAUCUAACCUCAACAGGGCCGAAAGAAGCAGCACUCCACAGUUUUAA